UUUGAAGACAUUUCAUCUUUUCAGUCAGCCAUUUUCUUAAGAAAAAAAAAAUUGAAUUUUGUAGAACUGCAGAAAGUUCCAAAGAGUUGCUUAAGAUAUUUAACAAAAGUUAUUAGAAAUUAUUGUUAAACUUAAAAAUGAGUGAUACAAAAGACGUAGAUUACGAACCUAAGGCAAAUAUAAAAUCGACUUCACGCUCGAAAUCUAAAGACCGUGAAAGAGAACGAGGAAGAGAUAAAGACAAAAAGAAUAGAGAGCGGAGCCGUAGUCGUGAUAAGGAACGGGAACGGGAUCGUGAUAGGGAUCUUGAUCGUGAUCGACAUCGCAGUGGUGAUGCAGCGCGUGAGCGCCACCGGGAAAGCCGGGACCGUGAUGGUGAUCGUGAACGGCGAAGGAAACAAGAAAAAGACAAAGAAAGAGAAAGGGAACGUCAUCAUAAUCGUGAUCGCGAUAGGGAUCGAAGCGAACGUGAUCGGGAUAGGGAGCGAGAAAGGGAACGUGAUCGCGAACGGGAAAAGGAACGUGAACAAGAACGCGAGCGCGAGCGCGAAAGGCGAAGAAGUCGAUCUCGAACAUACGACCGUGAAUAUGGUCGUAAGAGAAGUCGCAGUCGUAACCAAAGACGCUCUACCAAGUCAAGGAGUCGUAGUCGUGAUCGGGGAAGCAGUAGACGUUUUGACAUAGAGCGCGAUGAUAGAAGUCACCGUGAUCGUCGUGAUCGUGGCAGUACUGCGGAUAGAGACCGUGAACGCUAUGAAAGAGGCUCUAAAAUGAGUACCAUAAAAGAGGAAACCAGAGACUCUAAGUUUGACUUAACUCAGACUAUUCAAGAUUUAAUGAAUAGCACAACUUCAACCAAACAUUUUGCAGCUUUAUUCAGUUGCACAAAUAGUAAUGACUCUUUGAGUAAUGGGCCUUCUGAAAGUUCGUCAAUGGACGGAAAUAAAAAACCAAAACGAAAAUCACGUUGGGGAGGAACGGAAAAUGACAAAACGUUCAUUCCAGGAAUGCCAACAAUUUUGCCAUCAACAUUGGAUCCUACACAACAGGAAGCAUAUUUAGUUCAACUUCAAAUCGAGGAAAUAAGUCGAAAGCUAAGGACCGGAGAAUUGGGAAUUCCACAAACUCCAGAAGAAAGAUCUCCAUCGCCCGAGCCUAUAUACAGUUCUGAUGGGAAACGCUUGAAUACCAGAGAAUUUCGUUUUCGUAAACGUUUGGAAGAACAGCGUCAUCAGCUUAUUAUGCGUAUGCAAAGCGUCAAUCCAGAUUUUAAGCCACCAGCUGAUUAUAAACCGCCAGUUAUUCGUGUGAGUGACAAAGUUCUUAUACCACAAGAGCAACACCCUGAUAUAAAUUUCGUUGGCCUUUUGAUUGGACCACGUGGUAAUACUCUGAAAGCUAUGGAAAAGGAAACAGGCGCCAAGAUCAUCAUACGAGGAAAAGGUUCAGUUAAAGAAGGAAAAGUCGGUAGAAAGGACGGUCAACCAUUGCCUGGUGAAGAUGAGCCCUUGCAUGCAUUUAUUACUGCUUCUAAUCCAGAGGCAGUGAAAAGAGCAGUUGAUAAAAUAAAAGACGUUAUUCGCCAAGGAAUCGAAGUUCCAGAAGGACACAACGAUUUACGUAGAAUGCAAUUACGUGAGUUGGCACAGCUUAAUGGUACACUACGUGAAACUGAUUGUCCUCGGUGCACAAACUGUGGGUCAACCGAACAUAAAAGUUGGCUUUGUCCUGACAAACCGAACGUAACAAAUAGCAUUGUGUGUUCCUCAUGCGGAGGUGCUGGUCAUAUUUCCAAAGAUUGUCGAAGUAAGCGUCCAGGACAAGGAGGACCACCAACAGAUGAUUCGCAAGCGAAAAUCGAUGAAGAAUAUAUGAGCCUCAUGGCCGAGCUUGGUGAGGGCCCCACACCACAGAAAACAGCGUCAGACCCACUGGCACAAGCACAUUUAAAUCGUGGUUAUAGUCUUUUCGAUACUAAGGCAUCACAACCAAAAGCAAUUGCUGCACCUCCUUCAAUGACUCAGCCACCAAUGCAGUCAACACCAAUGAAUCCACCAUCAUGGAUGUCAAACGGUGCAAUGCCCCUUCCACCAUUAAUGCAGCCUCCUCCAGUUGCUCAACCACUUCCUCCAGCUCCGCCACCACCUCCACCCAUGAUGCCAUGGAUACCGCCAAUACAACCUCCACCACCAGGUGGGGAAUCUGGAAAUCCUCCAAUUCCUGGCAGCACACCACUUCCUCCACCUCCAGGUACCGGUCCAAUGCCAUCUCUUUUGCCUCCUCCACCUGGCACAUCAAAUACCCCGCUUCCAUCUUGGACCGCACCACCUCCUCCUGGACUCCUACCACCAUUUGGAUGGGGUCAAAACGUAGGCGGUGGCUACCUGCCUCCACCACCUCCAGGCGUCGCACCCCCUCCACCACCAUGUGGUCUGCUUCCAGCCUUGCCCCCAGGAGUUCCCGGAAUAGUGCACCCUCCUCCACCGCCACCUCCUUCGAAUUAAUAUUGCAUUCUACAAUAAAUUGUCAAGAAAAUUCACAGAUUAAGUUAAUUUAAUUUGAACUACUUAUGUUAGUAAAGAAAAUCAAAUUACAAAUAAAUUAUUUCAUUUAAAAAUGUUACGUUUAAAAGUGAAUAAAUUGUAAUUUAAACUAUUUUCUUGAUCGCAAAAGA